AUGGCUGCUUCCCAGUCUCGUCAGUGGGGGAUCACUCCUCCACUGUCAUCCGCGCUUCCUACACCCUCCGAGCUCGCGGAGAACGAUGCGUUGAUAGCAGAGCUCAAGCUACAGAAUAACUUCGAGCCACCAUCAGAGACAGAGAAACGGUUCGUCUGGCUGAUUAAAAUGUUACUUACUUGUCUAGGAAAUACUAACUCUUCCGGGUUGGUCUUUAGAAAGCAGACACUACAUCUCCUACAGCGAGUCACUAUCGAGUUUAUUAAGGUGGUAUCAAAAGAAAAGGGCCUCUCACAAGCGGCAAUCGAUGCCUCUGGUGGUUCUGAUAUUGACACUCUUGUUGUUGCACCGAAACAUGUAAUGAGAGAAGAUUUCUUCGCACACUUUCCAGCAAUUCUUGAGAAACAUGCGCCAAAAGAUGCGAUAGAGAAAAUGACCCCCGUGCCAGACGCGUUCGUACCUAUCAUCAAAAUCGAGAUUUUUGGCAUUAGCAUAGAUUUGAUUUUCGCACGACUUAUCGUUUCUUCAGUUCCACCGAACCUCGAUUUGAAAAACAAAGACUUGUUGCGCGGUCUUGAUGAGAGGGAGAUACGAUGUGUCAACGGUACACGAGUGACGGAUGAGAUCUUAGAACUCGUCCCUCAACAGAAGACUUUCCGACUUGCACUUCGUGCUAUAAAGCUUUGGGCACAACGCCGAGCUAUAUAUUCGAACAUCGUUGGCUUUCCCGGUGGUGUUGCUUGGGCUAUGUUGGUCGCAAGGGUGUGUCAGCUAUAUCCCCAAGCUACCGGAUCAGUCAUUGUCGGCAAGUUUUUCAGAAUCAUGAAUCAAUGGAGUUGGCCGCAACCAGUGUUGUUGAAGCAUAUCGAAGAUGGCCCACUUCAUAUGAAAGUGUGGAAUCCGAAGGUUGGCUCACAACUGUGUUUUUUUUUCAUUCCAAGGGCUCUUGCUGAUUUCAGUUUCCAGAUAUACCAUGGAGAUAGGUUCCACCUCAUGCCUAUAAUUACUCCAGCGUAUCCAUCCAUGUGUGCUACACACAACGUUUCAAUGUCCACCAAGGCCGUCAUACUCAGAGAGCUUAGACGCGGAGGAGACAUGGUUGACAAAAUCUUUGUCGGACAGCGUCGAUGGAGUGAUCUUUUUGCUCGACACAGCUUUUUCUCUGCUGACUACAAGUACUAUCUCAGCAUCAACUCCACUAGCACAAGCAAGGAAGCACAGGCUAUUUGGUCUGGCUUAGUUGAAUCAAAACUCAGACAUCUUGUUGGGGCACUUGAUCGCAAAUCGUCUAUAGAGAUCGCCCAUCCGUUCCCCAAGGGGUUCGAGAGGGUCCACAUCUGUAAGACUGACGAAGAAGUCGAUGCAGUGAAAGCCGGCUCUAUGAAAUACCAAGCAGAUGACACCAAGACUGCUACUACCGACGAGACGAAUGAUCCAACUCACAUUGCAGCUGCUGAGAAUGCAAAUGAGAACGUGGGGAUUGCAGAAGCGGAAAAGCCAACUGGAGAGAAUAAGUACACCCUUUACACCACAACUUACUAUAUCGGGCUGGAGCUUAAGCCAUUAGCACCGGAUAUAUCUAGCGAUACCCAUAUGUUCAAGAAUACAUGCACUUCCUGGGCUCAGUAUCAGCCUGGAGUUAAUGACUUGAAUAUCUCGCAUGUUCGCAACUACGAUCUCCCCGAUGACGUUUUCCAACCUGGUGAAGUUCGCCCAACGCGGCCGAAGAAGAAGGUUGUCAAGAAAGUGGAACAAACGGUUUCUCAGAAGCGAAAUAUCGAUGCAGUAGACGUAAGUUGA